GUAGAAAUGAAGAGUGAGUUACGCAUCAUCUGCCCGUCAGAGCUUGCGUCCGCUAACAGCCUUCAUAUGGCAAAAAAAGACAGUGCUUCUGAAACCAACUUUAUGGCUACUAACAGAGGAAAAACUGUACCUGCAAAAGAUGGUUUUCCCGGGUACAGCAGCUCUUCCUCUUCUUCUGCCUCCUUGGAAGGCAGACAGAAUUACUUCAAGAAGCGGAACUCAACUAGCAGCAAUAAAAAGGCAGUGACUCGAGUGUCUUCUGCCCCAUCUAAAAUAAGUGCUGGGUUGUAUAGUUCUCCAGCUACGAGGAAAAAUCCUUUUGACGAAGGAGAAAUUCAGGUUGGAGAGAGAGUACUGGUGGUAGGACAGAGAACAGGUACUGUUCGAUUUUGUGGGACAACAAAAUUUGCACCAGGAUUCUGGUGUGGAAUUGAAUUGGACAAGCCUCACGGGAAGAAUGAUGGUUCCGUGGGAGGCAUUCAGUACUUCAGUUGUCUUCCCAGAUAUGGUAUAUUUGCACCACCGUCUCGUGUCCAGAGACUAACAGGUUCUCUGGAUUCUCUCACAGAGACUUCAUUGAGUAAAAUAAAUCACACUUUUCCAGGUUUUAGACGCAGUCUAAGCACCACUUCUGCAUCUUCACAAAAGGAGAUAAACAGAAGAAACUCCUUUGUUAGAUCUAAGAGCUCUGUGUUACGGCGCAGCUGGAGUAAUACCACUACAAGCAGCACUGAGGGACCAGUGAAGUUGCAUGAAGGCUCUCAGGUUCUUCUGACCAGCUGUAAUGAAAUGGGGACAAUCAGGUACAUUGGUCCUACAGACUUUGCACCAGGGAUAUGGCUCGGACUUGAACUCAGAAGUGCCAAGGGAAAGAACGAUGGCUCUGUAGGGGAAAAGCGCUAUUUCACCUGUAAGCUGAACCACGGGGUCUUAGUUCGACCUAGCAGAGUAACCUACCGUGGGAUUAACGGGGCAAAACUUGUAGAUGAUAUUUGCUGA